UCAAAAGUUCCUCCGGUCGAUUUGGGCGAGGGAUUCCCGUUCUGCUUUUGUUAUUGCUCUUCCUCUCGCCGCCGCCGUAGAACUAGGUUUGUCUCCAUGGACCUCCUCCGCGACUACAAGGACGACGACGGCGACGGCGAUGGAAACGACGAAGUCGAAGAGGAACCACUUGGGGAAGAAACCCUAGGGGAAUCUAUGGGUGCUUCAGAUCCGCCAGCGCUGGUGCCUGAGGUGGCGGAGGCCUCCUCGUCACCGGAUUCGUCCCCUCGCCGCCUUCCUGCGAAGUCAUCCGCCCCACGCGUUGACGACACCACCCUCGCUCUCGCGGCUGCUGAAUCUUCCCGAUCCCUCCAUCGGCCCCUCGAUCCAGGGCAGCACGCCGUGGGCUUCAACCCUACCUACGACCAGCUCUGGACACCCAUCUACGGCCCCGCUCACCCGUUCGCCAAGGACGGCGUCGCCCAGGGCAUGCGAAACCACAAACUCGGGUUCGUCGAGGACGCCUCCAUCCAGCCCUUUCUCUUCGAUGAACAGUACAACACCUUCCACAAGUACGGUUAUGCCACUGACCCUUCUGGCCUCUCCUUCGUCGGUGACAUCGAAACGUUAACUAAGAAUCAGGCCCUUUCUGUCUACAACAUGCCCCAGCAAGAACAGAAGCGGCGUCGCCUCCAGAUGAAAACUUCCGGCGGUGCGGAAGAAGCUGAGUCUGGGGCUGCUGAUCCGGAGGUUCAGAAUCCAGCGACUAAUGAGUGGCUUCUCAAGAAUAAGGUCAGCCCCUGGUCCGGCAAGAUGGAUGUUGUCCAGGGCGAGCUCACGGAGGAACAGAAGAAGUAUGCUGAGGAAUAUGCUGAGAAGAAGGCCGAGAAGGAGCGUGGAGAGGGGCGCGGAGACAAGGCGGAGCAUGCGGACAAGAGCACAUUCCAUGGGAAGGAGGAGCGAGAUUACCAGGGAAGGUCAUGGAUCGCGCCACCCAAGGAUGCAAAAGCUAAGAAUGAUCACUGCUACAUACCGAAACGGUGGGUGCAUACGUGGAGCGGCCACACAAAGGGAGUUGCGGCAAUACGGUUCUUUCCCAAGCACGGUCACCUCUUGCUUUCAGCCGGUAUGGAUUCGAAGGUCAAGAUAUGGGAUGUCUUUAACUCGGGUAAGUGCAUGCGCACCUACAUGGGCCACUCUAAAGCAGUUCGGGACAUCUGUUUCUCGAAUGAUGGCACCAAGUUCUUGAGUGCUGGAUAUGACAAGCACAUCAAGUAUUGGGACACCGAGACAGGGAAGGUCAUUUCUACAUUCUCCACAGGGAAGAUUCCAUACGUGGUGAAACUUAAUCCUGACGAAGAUAAGCAGAGCAUCCUUCUAGCAGGGAUGAGUGACAAGAAGAUUGUUCAGUGGGAUAUGAACUCUGGCGCGAUCACACAGGAGUAUGAUCAACAUCUUGGUGCAGUUAAUACAAUUACCUUUGUUGAUAAUAACCGGAGAUUUGUUACUUCAAGUGAUGAUAAGUCGCUUCGUGUUUGGGAGUUUGGGAUUCCUGUUGUUAUCAAAUAUAUCAGUGAGCCUCACAUGCAUUCCAUGCCUUCAAUAUCUCUCCAUCCUAAUUCAAAUUGGCUAGCUGCUCAGAGUUUGGAUAAUCAAAUACUUAUUUAUAGCACGAAGGAGAGAUUUCAGUUGAAUAAGAAGAAGAGAUUUGCAGGACACAUUAUAGCAGGGUAUGCAUGCCAAGUGAACUUUUCACCCGAUGGUCGUUUUGUAAUGUCUGGAGAUGGAGAAGGAAAAUGCUGGUUUUGGGACUGGAAGAGUUGCAAAGUCUUCAGGACUCUAAAAUGUCAUGAAGGGGUGUGCAUUGGAUGUGAAUGGCAUCCAUUGGAGCAAAGCAAAGUUGCAACUUGUGGAUGGGAUGGCAUGAUUAAGUACUGGGAUUGAUUCCGGAGGCAGCAAGACAAUUUGCAUCUACAGUAGAUCUCAUGCCCCCAGGCUCGGAAGACAAGCAUAAGCUGCGUUAGUAGUCGUGUUGCUCCUUGCUGUCGAACUAAAAAUAUGCCACCCUCCAGCAUGAGUAUGCCCCUGAGAGUUAUUUGGGGGAAUUGGUAGAGCAAUGGUGGAGUUAAAAUGUAAUUGGAACGACCAUGAGUUCAGAAUCUCCUGCUUAAUUUUAUGGUCAAGAGGCUUUUGUACACUAUAGUGCUUUGUUUUCAAGGUCUACUCAAAAUACAACUAGUUGCAAUUUGUGUUAUAAUUAUUCAUGAAACAUGCCUGGUUUUCUACUACCGAAAGUUAAAUGUAACAAUAUGUUCUCUUUUAAUUUUUAUGUACUGUUGGUUCUUAUAAUUGCAAGCUGUGCGUGAAAUUAUGUUUUUUUAA